GCCCUCUCUUUUUCUUUUUUUUUCUAUCUUCUUCUACCCUUUCUUCUCUUGUUUUGUUACCCUUUUGUUGUUUAGUCAAGUAAUCAAACGAAAAAAGGAACAAAAUAGGCGUGGCUAUAACAUAUUUAUAUAGCAAAAUAUAUCAAGAUGAGUGAAUCACUGCCUAUUAAAUUCACAGAACAAGCACAACUGCAAGCACUUGGCGUGAAUGCAGCCGCCAUUGGCUUCACUACUUUAACCAUGGAGUCAGAACGAUUCAUCUGUGUAAAAGAAGUCGUCAAUGGCCAAAGCCAAGUUGUCAUUAUUGACUUAACUACGAAUGAAGUAAACCGUCGCCCUAUCUCAGCUGAUUCAGUCAUUAUGCAUCCUAAAGUGAAAGUGAUGGCUCUUAAAGCUCAAAGACAAAUCCAGGUGUUUAACCUUGAAUUAAAAUCCAAGCUUAAAUCUUAUGCAUUAAACGAAGACAUCGUAUUUUGGAAAUGGUUGGAUGCAAAGACAAUCGGUAUCGUCACUGAGCUCAACGUCUAUCGCUGGUCUAUUGAUGGAGACUCUAUUCCCACCAAGAUCUUUGACAGACAUGCUAGCUUAUCUGGAUGCCAAAUCAUCAAUCUUCGCGCUUCUUCCGAUGAGAAAUGGUAUGUCCUUGUCGGUAUUUCCCAAAGAGACAACCGAGUCGUUGGUUCUAUGCAACUUUACUCCAAAGAGCGUGGUGUCAGUCAACCCAUUGAAGGUCAUGCUGCGGCCUUUGCUGAGCUUCAUUUACCAGAGGCUGUUAAACCUAUCAAGCUCUUUACCUUUGCCGUUCGUUCCUUUAAUGGUGUUGCCAAGCUGCAAAUCAUCGAAGUUGAUCAUCAAGAAGGCAACCCUCCUUUCCAGAAGAAAGCAGUCGAAGUUUACUUCCCUCCAGAAGCACAAAAUGAUUUUCCAGUUGGCAUGCAAAUCAGUCAUAAAUAUGGCAUUAUCUUUUUGGUUACAAAGUUAGGAUACAUCCAUCUUUAUGAUCUUGAAUCUGGUACUUGCAUCUUUAUGAACAGAAUCAGCAGUGAAACUAUCUUUGUUUCUGCUGAACACGGGCCUUCGUCUGGUAUCAUUACUGUCAACAAGAAGGGCCAGGUUCUUACUGUGUCUGUAGAUGAAAACAGCAUCGUUCCAUAUAUUCUCAACAAUUUGAACAAUACUGAAUUAGCCUUCAAGUUGGCUUCUCGUGGUGGAUUCCCCGGCGCUGACGAUUUAUAUGUUGCUCGUUUCAACCAACUAUUUGCCACUGGAAACUUUGGUGAAGCAGCCAAAAUUGCAGCCACUUCUCCUAGAGGUAUUCUUCGUACUACAGAAACCAUUGAGAAGUUUAGACAAAUUCCAGCUCAGCCCAACCAACUUUCACCUAUCUUGCAGUACUUUGGCACUUUACUCGAAAAGGGCACUCUCAACAAAUAUGAAUCACUUGAACUUGCCAAGCCAAUUCUCACUCAGAACAGGAAACCUCUUUUGGAAAAGUGGUUAAAAGAAGACAAGUUGCAAUGUAGUGAGGAAUUAGGUGACUUUGUCAAGCAGUAUGAUACACUCUUGGCUUUGUCUGUUUAUUUGCGUGCUGAAGUUCCUGGCAAAGUUGUGCUUUGUAUGGCAGAAAACCGUCAAUAUGACAAGAUCCUGGCCUAUGCAAAAACAGUUGGAUAUACACCUGACUAUGCUUCAUUGCUCUACAACAUUGCUCGUACUGAACCCGAGAAGGCAGCUGAAUUUGCUACCGCCCUUGUUAAUGACGAAAAUGGACCUUUGAUUGAUCCUUCCAAGGUUGUUGAUGUGUUCCAAUCACAAAAUAUGAUUCAGCAGGCAACAUCCUUCUUGUUAGAUUACUUGAAGCCCAACAGAGAAGAGGAUGCAGCCCUUCAAACUCGUGUGCUCGAAAUGAAUUUGAUUCAUGCACCUCAAGUUGCUGAUGCUAUCUUAGGCACAAACAUGCUUACUCACUAUGAUCGCGUAGUCAUCGGUAACCUCUGUGAGAAAGCUGGAUUAUAUCAACGUGCUCUCGAACACUACACUGAUAUCCAUGACAUCAAGCGUAUCAUUCCCUAUACUCAUGUGAUGAAUGCUGAAUGGUUAGUCAACUACUUUGGUAACCUGUCAGUCGAUCAAACCUUGGACUGCCUGAAAGAGAUGUUGACCAACAACCUUCGUCAAAACUUACAAAUUGUUGUCCAGGUUGCUAUUAAAUACUCUGAACUGCUUCAACCUCACAAUUUGAUCGACAUCUUUGAAGCUUUCAAGAGCAAUGAUGGCCUUUACUAUUACCUUGGAUCCAUCGUCAACGUCAGUCAAGACCCUCUUGUUCAUUACAAGUAUAUUGUUGCUGCCUGCCGCACAGGAAAUAUUCGUGAAGCCGAACGUAUAUGUCGUGAAAGUAACUAUUAUGAUCCCGAAAAGGUUAAGAACUUCUUGAAGGAAGCCAAGCUGAGUGAUCAGCUUCCUCUUAUCAUUGUUUGUGAUCGCUUCAACUUUAUUCACGAUCUCGUUCUUUACCUUUAUCACAACAACUUACAGAACUUUAUUGAAACCUAUGUUCAACGCGUCAAUCCAUCACGUACACCUGAAGUUAUUGGCGGCUUGCUUGAUGUUGGAUGUGAUGAGGAUGUGAUCAAGAACUUACUUCUUUCUGUGCAAGGUGAUCUUCCUGUUGAUAAGCUCUGUGAGGAAGUCGAACAACGAAACCGCUUGAAGUUGCUCUUGCCUUGGUUGAACUUGCGUGUCACUGCUGGCAGCACUGAUCCUGAAGUUUACAACGCAUUAGCAAAGAUCUAUAUUGACACCAAUAACAACCCCGAACCUUUCCUCAAGGAGAACGAGUUCUAUAAUCCUCGUGUGAUCGGAAAGUACUGUGAAAAGAGAGACCCUUAUUUGGCAUAUAUCUGUUACGAAAAGGGACAAUGUGACUAUGAACUCAUUCAUAUCACGACUGAAAACUCAAUGUUCAAGCAUCAAGCUCGUUAUCUUGUUCACCGCCGUGACCAAGCGCUCUGGGGCUCUGUCCUUGUUGAAACCAACGAACACCGUCGCGAAUUGAUUGACCAAAUUGUUGCUACUGCCCUUCCUGAGUGUACAGACCCUGAUGAUGUUUCCAGCACGGUCAAGGCCUUUAUGAGUGCUGAUUUGCCUAAUGAGCUUAUUGAACUUUUGGAAAAGAUUGUCUUGGAAGGCAGCGCCUUCAAUGACAAUAAGACGCUCCAAAAUCUGCUUAUCUUCACUGCAGUCAAGGCCGAUCCUUCUCGUGUUUCCGAGUAUAUUAGCAGACUUGACAAUUUUGAUGCCUCCGAUGUUGCUGAAGUCUGUAUUGGUGAAGGUUUAUAUGAAGAAGCCUUUGCUAUUUACAAGAAAUACAAGGUGGAUGCCAACGCUGUUGAUGUGUUGAUUGAAAAGAUUGGUGAUCUUGAUCGUGCCUUUGAAUUUGCUGAACGUUCAGAUAAGCCUGAUGUUUGGAGCAAGCUUGCCAAGGCCCAAUUAGAUCAAAUGCAUGUCAAGGACGCCAUCGAUGCUUAUAUUCGUGCCAACGACACCUCCAAUUAUAUGGAAGUCACCCGUUGUGCUGCUAUGGACAACAAGUACGAAGACCUUGUUCGUUACUUACAAUUGGCUCGCAAGCAAUCGCGUGAACCUUUUAUUGAAACCGAGUUACUGUUUGCUUUUGCCAAGACCGAUCGUUUAAUUGACCUCGAAGACUUUUUGGCUUCUCCCAACAUUGCUCAAAUCCAAGAAGUUGGUGAUCGCUGUUUCCGAUCAGGCAUGUAUGAGGCUGCCAAGAUCUUGUACUCUAGCAUCUCCAACCAUGCUAGUUUGGCACAAACCUUGGUUCACUUGAAGGAUUACCAAGGUGCUGUUGACUGUGCUCGUAAAGCAAACUCAACUAAGGUAUGGAAGGAAGUGAACGCUGAAUGUAUCAAGCAACGAGAAUUCCGUUUGGCACAAAUCUGUGGUUUGCACAUUGUUGUUCAUGCUGAAGAAUUGGAUGAACUUGUCAAGACAUAUGAAAAGAAUGGUUACUUUGAAGAAAUUAUCAAACUGUUAGAAGCUGGUCUCGGUUUAGAAAGAGCUCACAUGGGCAUGUUCACUGAGCUCGCCAUUUUGUACUCUAAAUAUCAACCUGACAUGCUGAUGGAGCAUCUCAAGCUUUAUGUCUCUCGUAUCAAUACACCCAAGGUGAUCCGCGCUUGUUCCGAUGCUCACUUGUGGCGUGAACUUGUGUUCUUGUAUGUCCAUUAUGAUGAAUUUGAUAAUGCAGUAACAGCCAUGAUGGAACAUUCUGUUGAUGCUUGGGAACACAGUGCAUUCAAGGAAAUCAUUGUCAAGGUGUCUAAUCUCGAACUGUACUACAAGGCACUCAAGUUUUAUCUUGCUGAACACCCCUUGUUAUUGAAUGACUUGCUCUCCGUGCUUGUUCCUCGUAUCAAGCAUACCCGCGUGGUUCAAAUGUUUGAGAAAUCUGACAACAUCCCACUCAUUAAACAAUAUUUAAUUUCGGUUCAAGAUACCAACAACAGAGAAGUCAAUACAGCAUUGAACGAGUUAUAUAUUGAAGAAGAGGACUUUGAUGCAUUACGCGAUAGUAUUGAUCGUCAUGACAACAUUGAUACAGUUGAUCUUGCCAAGCGCUUGGAGAAACACGAACUAUUAGAGUUCCGUCGCAUUGCUGCACACCUUUACAAGAGAAACAGAAGAUGGAGACAAUCCAUUGCACUUUCUAAAGAGGACAGAUUAUUCAAGGAUGCUAUGGAAACUGCUGCUGAAUCCAAGGAUCGUGAAGUAGCUGAAGAGCUAUUACAAUACUUUAUUGAAGUUGGCAAGCGAGAGUGCUUUGCUGCUAUGCUUUACACAUGUUAUGAUUUGAUGAGACCUGAUUUUGUUAUGGAGUUAUCAUGGAGACAUGGAUUAACCGAUUUUGCUAUGCCAUACAUGAUUAACAUUAUGAAAGAACAAUUUACAAAGAUUUCUACACUUGAUAAAGAAGUAAAUGAAUUAAAAGAAAAGGUUGCUAAACAAGAGAAUAGCAAUGAAAACACUCCAGCACCACCUGUUGGUAUGGGUGGUUUGGGUAACCCAUUGAUGUUGACAGCAGGUAACAUGAUGCCUCAGCAAUCACCUAUGAUGACAGGCACACCUUUUACUUCUUCACCUAAUCCACAGCAAUUCUUUUAAAAUGCGUUUGUAAAAAAAAUAAAAUGAAUAAACAAUACAUCUCCUCCUAGUAAUUAAAA